UGGCAACUCACCGGAAGACUUGUUUCCUUUCAGAUGUGUCGCUGUUGACUCUCCACUUUCUCUCCUGAUCUGGCUUCUCUUGUCUCCCGCUUCUGAACAGCAUGCGAUACACUGGGGUGGAUAUACUUCGCAAGCUGGCGUCGCGCUUUGACCUGGGUCGAGACGUUUUUCGUCGACUUGUGAUUCGCUUCUUCCGGGCUUGUGGAGCUCCUUGCCUUUAUUGUGUGUGCAUUUUUGUCCAUUUUCAGUUUCUUUUCCUCCCAGAGAUGCCCAACGAAUUACCUCGCGUCUGAGUCUCUCCAGCCACAGUCCCGCUGCAGCCCUUCGUCUUCAGUUCUCUUAAAAAUUCCCGGCUUUCGUAUUCAACUUUCUUGUUCACUUGCCUCUCUCUUCUUUGUCUCUGCGCGUAUUCGUCCUCGCUACUGAUCGUUUCCCCACCUUUACAAACAGUUGCCGCUCCUCAAUUCCGUCUCCUUGAUCUCCUUAUCCCUCGUCUUCUCCGUCUCUGCCACCGCCUGCUUCAUCUCAUUGUCUGUUUCUUCUUCUCUAUUCAAGAUGACGGCGUUAAACACCCGUGCUUCUCUCCAGGGGCGAGUCUUCACAGCUACAGAAGCGAGAAGAAUGGCCUGGCGCUCCGCUUCGGCCUUUCCUUCUUCCGGCUGUCUCUCGACCUUCUCGGCCUCUCCGUCUCCCCAGCUCGUCACCUCUCUCUCUUCUGUUCAUCCUUUUUCCUUCUCUGUCGCUCCAUCGUCCUCCUGCGUCUCGUCGCAUUCGCUUCUCUCUCCAGCCGGUUGCGCCCGUCGCUUCUCCUCGCGUUGUCGUCUCUUCCCCCUGCCUCUGAGUGCAAGCUCCCUUUCUUCUUCACGUCCGUCGGCUGUCUCCGUCUGUUCUUCCUCUCUCUCGUGCUCUUCUGCUUCCGCGCGCUUUGCCUCUUCGGCCUCCUCGCCGCUGCGGCAGACAGCAACGGCCGCGGCUGCUGGUAGGGCCGCGGCAGCUGCGGCGAAGCGCCGCGAAGAAAGGAAACUCCGAGAGAGAUGGAUGAGAUUGCAGAAAGGCCUGAAAGUCGGAGGAACUGUCGGAGCGAUCUUCGUCGUGACCGCAGGCAGCCUUGCGUGGUUUCUCUCUUCCCUCAAACGCCGCCACCCUCCGCCUCCUGUUGACCCCGACAUGUCCCUCCCUUUCCCCCUCGCUGAUGAGCUCUGUAUCUCUCCUGUACCGCUCUCUUCUCUCCCGACCUCGUCUGUCUCCUCAUCACCUUGUUCUGCUUGUUGCUCUCGUGACUCUUCUUUGUCUUGCGCUUCCACCUGUGCGUCGAAUUGUGCGUUGACAUGUUCUUCUCGUUCCUGUUCGUGCGGUUCUGAGGGCUCGGGGUCGCGGUCGUUGCCGAAUGUGUAUCCCUCUCCAGAGGCGCUGACGGAGCUCUCAGAAAAGUAUCCUUUCUUCCCCGCGUCGAAGGAGCUGUUUCUCAAGGCAGCGUCUCACGUUCUGCCUCUCGAGUACCACCUUCAUCUGCGGAACGCGUUUUGCCGCUACUUGGCUCUGCGCCUCUCAGAAGACGUAUGCAAGUGUAGGAGCCCCCCGUCUCAUCAGUCUCCUCACGGCGAGAAGAAGGAGCAGGAGGGGAGUGCAUGCCAGCGAGGGGAGCGCGUUCUGACGGCGGACAAGGUGAAGGCAACCAUGAGAGAAAUCUGGGAGUUUCUGGGCGUGUCUACUGAGCGCGAAGGCGACGACGGCGCACACACCUUCUUCUCCCUGAUUGACUUCGACUCGGAAAUCGAGGCGUUCCUGACUCGUCUGCAGAUGCCGCCUUCCGCUUCUCCGUCUUCGUCUUGUCCUUCACCUUCCCCUUUUUCUUCGAGUGUGGAGGAGUUUGCGGAGAGAGUGAAAGAGAAGAUCUCCGACGUGCUCCUGACGAACUGGCAGAGACAAAGAUUCUUCGAUCCUCUCACUUUCAAGAGAAGUUCUUUCACCCGCCGCAUUUCCCACGAAGCCGCAGGCCGAGACGUAGGCACACCAGCGCCCUCCUUCUCCUACGCCGACGUCGACCUUUCUCGCUACGGCAGGUGCGCAUCCCCGUCUCCCGCUUCUUCUUCCUCUGUGCCGCCCUCGUCGUCUUCCUCUCUGCUUUCGUCUGUCGUUUCCUUCUUCCUUAGGCCUUUUUCCACACGGCCUUCCUCCCCACCUGCCGUGUCUAAGGCAGAUUCUCCUUCUUCUUCUUCUCCUUCUCCUUCUUCUUCGUUGUCGUCUGAGCCUCUGUUCUUGGGGACGCACCAGAUCCAGAAAGCUGUGGCCAGCUUGAAGGAGUAUGGCGUCUGCAUCAUUCGCGGCGGCUUGACUCGGCAACAGCUCGACGUGCUCCAGCGCACACUGCACACUGACGAAGCGAUGGCAAUGUCUUCCGCGAUGGCGAUGCAGGCUGAGGAUCCCAACGUAUGGUGCACGCGCCCAACCACAGGUCGACUGCACUGUCUGCUUCGCGGAACGCUUCUUGAGGCGCCGCUGGCGGACGCCCAGCGUGUGUGGAUGCCCGUGGUGUUUUCGUAUUUGCCCUGUGACGCCCGGGGAGGAUUUUCCUCGGAGCCGGAUGCUCGGCUAACGAGCGCCUGGAAGGGAGCGAAGUCCGCGGACCCCGCAGCCGGGGAGACGGCGACCAGAGGAGAGAGGGGAGUAACCGACAUCUCUGCAGCGGACGACGAACUGGACGACGGUCGAGCAGAUCCGAAGAAAGGACUCCUCGCUGUGAGCGAACUCUCUAAGCGCCUCUUCGUGUCGGACAUGCAAACGGUCGAUGCAGAUCCCUUGGCCAUCAUUCAGCCGUGGCACAGAGACACGAGCGCUCGCAGCCUGACUGUGCUCGUCCCUCUUUGCGACUUGAACGAAGCGAAUGGACCUACUGAGCUUCUUCCUCGCUCUCACAUUCUCUGCCCGUCCAAGCCUGUCGGAUGGAAAGAGAAACUCGACAUAUGGCGUGGUUUCUUCACGGGGCUCCUCUGCGCAACGGGCGGCUCUCUGCGUCCGACUCUGAAGGCAGGGGACAUCUUGAUCUACGACUCUCGCGUUCUUCACCGAGGCCUGGGUAACGCCACCUGGCACUCUCGUCCUGUCCUCGCUUUUCGCUAUGACUACGAAGACCAGCCGCCUCCCGGAGAAUACGCAAAACGGUGGAAGUCUCAGCGAACCUUCCUGUUUGGGCGCGCCGUCGAGCGCCUCCUCGGCCUGUACAAUCAGCUCUGACUCAGUCUCGUCGGAACGUCCGGACGGCUUAUAUUCGGAGAUAAACAUAUAGGCCUGGAAGGCUCUGGUGACGCCUUUUCCUUCCUCUUUCUUCUCUCCAUCCGUUCGAGUCUGCUUGUUUGUCCCUUUAUGUUCUUGUUUUUUUUAUCUCCCCCAGUGGGAGCGCGUCUGUCAGAAAUCAUCAUUUCACAAACUUGUCACGAGACAAGACAGACGCCUUUGCUCUCGUGCUUGUCUCGGCAACGGCUACGACCUCGUGUCUGUGUCCUCGGACUUCUUGACGGACUCCUCAACUUCGACCUCUUCUCUCUGCUUCAGCUCUUCGUGUGCCCACUAUCUGCCUUUGCCCGCAUGCAACUCUGCGUAUACUGGUUUCUAUAUAUACAUCUAUGGGUAUCAUAUAUCGACUUGGAUUUCUCUCUCUAUCGGCCUCUAUGUAGAUGUAUGCAUCUGUAUACUCUUUCUAUAUGUAUAUGUAUAUUUAUGUGUGUAUGUAUAUGUUCUAUCUUGUAUCGAAGUGCGUGUAUGAGUCGAUACUUGUAGCGAUUCGAAAUCCAAUGCUAUUUCUGUCUACUGUGGACCCUGAGAAAGGCGUGUGCUUAUCUCUGAAUUUCAAG